CAACGACACACAACAACGACAACAACAACGACAACAACAACAACGACAACAACAACAACAACGACAACAACAACAACAACAACAACAACAACAACAACGACAACAACAACGACGACAACAACAACAACGACAACAACAACAACAACAACGACAACAACGACGACAACAACAACGACAACAACAACAACGACAACAACGACGACAACAACAACGACAACAACAACAACAACAACGACAACAACGACAACAAGAGCUCUGCUGUUUUAAUUAAUCUGGACUCACAAAAAUUGAAGAGACGACAGAAACGUCCACCUGAAAUCAGAGUGUGGAGAGUUAUAAAAUCAUAAAAUCUUUAAAAAGUUAUUUUUAAAAAAGUCUUUUAAUGGAUUUAAACAGAGAGUUAAACGGAAAGUCAAUCGUUUUAAAUUGAAGAUAAAAAUCAGGUAAAAAGUCAAAAUAUGGAAGAACAAAAAGUGAAAACCUUUGUUAAAAUUUAAGGAUAUCGAGUUAAAACUAGUGCAGAGUAAUAACUGAGUAAACUGAGUUUAAAAAGUAAAGAUAGAAAAAAUCAAUAAGGAGGAAAUGAUCAUGGUUUAUUAUAACGAGAGUGACCGAAGAAACAGGAACAUUUCAAACUAAUGUCAAAUUUAUUAAAAUGUAAAAAAUUCUUUAAAUAUUUUAUAUAAAAAUAAAAGUUUGAAAAGUUAUGUGAUAAAAGGCUUACAUGUUAGGAUUAUAAAAGGUAGAAAUAUGAGACGAAAGUCAAAACCACGAAAUAAAAAGUGAAAAAUGUAAGAAAGUCUCAUCAUCAAAAGUUUAAAAACAAAGUAAAAGAGCGACGUGUUUAAAAAACGGUGUAAAAUGUCUUAACCCUCAAAGUCAAAGUUACAUGAUAGUAUUUCACCUUAUAUCCUGUAUGUGAUUUAAAGUUUAAAAAUUGUGGUAAAAAGUCAAAAUAAUGUGAAUAAAAGAGAAUUCAUGACAUAAAAAAAGUGAAAUUAUUGUGACGAAAAGUUUUUGAUAUCGCUGAUAAAACAGGAUUAAAUGGAACAAUAAAGAGUGAAAAUCUCAAACUUUUAUUUGCUCCAUAUUUUCUAACUUUGACUUGAUCUCCUUAUUUUCUAAUUGUGUCUCUCUGUGUUUUUAAUAUCAGAGCUGAACAGAAUUAAAGGUCAGAAAACAGAAAAGUCUGAAAUCAGGAUUUUAUUAGUUUGAGUCUUAAAUCAGAGUUUGGUCAUCACUCGUCCUCUGUUUUCUUCUGCUCCUAAUUUUUAAUUUCCUUUUCUCCUUUAUUUAUUUUUCACUCACUGGUCUAAAAAAUGAGCGAUAUGAGAUCUGAUGUCAGUGACAGAGAGGGAAACGGCGUGAAUGAGCGGGGGAGAUAUGUAGGCGGUGUAAUAAGAUUGAUGAGAGAUAAUAUCCAUGACGAAGAGGAGAGGGAGUGAGUGUGUGGGGGUGCAGGCGGACUGUAAAAACCCCGACCAGGAGCAGGAGCGAGAUCAGAUUACAGCUGCCGCUCUGCCGUUUCCGCUCCAUUAACUAAUGGAGGCGCGGCGUCCUCUCAGCGGGCCUGAUGGCGGCGUUACAUCAGAUCUAUUGUGGUGUCGGUCAGGUCCACGUCUGCUCUGACUCUGAACACUCAUCACAUGUUCAACAGGCUCAAAAUAGACUCUCUUUAGAUUUAGAGUGUCUGAGUUAUGGUCGAGAAACUUGACGUCAGCAGAGACAUAAAGAGAGGCUGCUCCGGGUACGAGGAACACGACCUGCUCUACAUUCAUCAAACACGACAAUAACACACAGGCCCAUCGUUUAAACACUUGAUUCUGAUUGGUCAAAACCUCAGAAACCUCAGCUGUGAAUUAUUGUGAAAACUAUGUCAGGGUCCAAAAAUAUUAAAUUUACUUAAAAAAGUUUUUUAUGAUGUGAAAAACCUCAAACUGACGCCAUGAAAAGUUAAAAAUCCAAGAAAAAGAGUCAAAUUUAUGAAUUAAAAUAAAUCAGGCUCUGAUUAUCAGAUGUGAUUUUUUUAAUUCACUUUUAAUUUAGGAGGAACUUUGAUUCCUUACAUUCACAAAACGUCUCCUGUGACUGUUAAAGAGAUUAAAGAUAGAUUAAAGUUAACGAUAGAUUCAGUACACAUUCAGUAAUGUGAAGUAUUCACGUCACAUCACGAGGAUUCCCUCCUCUCUGAGAAAGUCUCGGUGUCUUCAUUCACGGUGCCUCUCCAGUGUUUCAUGUCUGUGUCUCUCAUCAUUUUAACACUCGUCACCUAAACAGAAGCGAACAGGGAGCCCACACGGACAUCAUCAGCUGUUAAAGGUUUCUUAGUUUUCAACAUAAAGAGUUCGUCACAAAUUCAGAGAAAAUCUGAUCUUACAGCUCUCACAUACUCCGUCCAUUUAGACCACACUCUCAUGUGUGACAUCCGUCCAGUCCUCAGUGUUCGUCUGCCUGAAACCAUCGAUGACGUUUCCUGUCGUUGAAAUUCCAGCUCUCAUAUUGUACAGAUUCUUCAUAUGUUCAUGAAUCUCUUCCCAGUAUUUUUUAAUCAUCUGUCCGUCCCAGAAUGAAAAUGAUUCCUUGGUCCCACAGAGCCUCCAGCAAACAUCACCACUUCCUGAUAUCUUCUCUGGUUAAAAAGAAACGUGUGAAGUUCCUCCAGCAGAACUCUCACAGAUGUUUGACCCUGUUGAAUUUCACUCAAACUGAUUUUUCCCAACUCUCCUCUGAGAUGGAUUCAUUUCCUUGUUUCCUGUUUUACCUUUUGUGUAAUCGGAGGUCUCUUGCUUGGAUUGUUGAAAACCUUUAUAUAGUUUAGAUAUUUUCUUUUUUGGGACCUAAGUAGUGAUAGAAAUUCCUGCAGGAAUCCCGACCCACCCCCAUCCAAGACCCCCCAAAAUUCUGGCUAAAGUAGCUUCUCCCCUAAAGAUAUCUAUAGAGGUCAUCUUUGUCCAAACCACAUUUAUCCCUGAUGUGAUUUUUUUAACGCCUCAGGCUCUGAUUGGCUGAAUCAGAGUUUAAAAACCAGCAGAUUUCUCCUGUAAUUGUUGUUCGUUUUUCGCAGAGUUGAGCGUUUGAUACCGACCUGCAGAGAAACCCCUCUCUCUCUCUCUCUCUCUCUCUCUCUCGGCGUGAACUGAGCGAUGUUCCCUGCAGCAGCUGUCAGACUGAGUCGGUUCACCUGAAACCCUUCAGGCUUUUCUCUCGCUGAUGAGCUGUAAUUAGACGAAGCGUUUACUGUGCCGCCGUCACGGUUCCUCCGCUCACUUUUCACAGCUGCAGGGUUUGUUCAGUGUGGAGUGUUCCUGAAAUUCAGCGCCGCUCUACAUCUGCUCAAUUAUCUGAGGAAAGACAGAAGGAACCUGAAAACGCAGAAACGGUAUUUAAAGAAAACUGAGACGUGUCACUGAGCACAGAGGAAAAGUUCGUUAUCGUUCUUCGCUCUUUAAGAAACACUGAAUUCCAGUCUGAGCGACAGUCUAGUGAUGGAAGAUCAGUUCUUUUGACUGAAUCUUUAGAAUCUGUUCAUUAAAACGAUUCGUUCAAAAGAUUCGACUGAAUUAUUCAGUGUUUCGGAGCCCCGCCCUGUCGCUGCAGUAAAACCAGUCAGUUAACCAGAGGCGAGUUCGUUCAUUAGCCCCUCCCCUCCCUCCUGCUGAAGUCACAGCGUCGUUAAGUGGGUGACUCGUGUCGUUCAUUCGCCAAGUCCUGAAGGAAGAAUCACUCCCCUGCCCUGAAAAACUCACCUCUCUGUGUGUCGCCGUCUGUCGGCGGAAACAACACAGCAGCGAACAAAGACGAAAAUUCAGGAGAGCAGCGUAAGAAAACUCACACAGGUCAGUGACGCUGUUAGUGUGUGUGUGUGUGUGUGUGUGUGUGUGUGUGUGUUUAUGACUUCAAUAAGCCGCUGUCAGCGCUCUGACAUUUCAGCAGCAGGCGCUCACCCCCGUCCAACCAGCUCGUCUCUAAAUGUCAUCGCCCAACAAAAAGUCACCCGGUCACCGACCACCGCCUCUUUACUUGACCCUGUGACCCCGCCCUCGCCCUCUGACAUCAUUAUUCUUCAUGUCACCUGAACAAAACCAGCUGUUUAAUUUCCCAUCAUACCUUCUGUCUGUGUACGAAUACUCAAACCAACAACAACCACGAUCAUCGUUUCAUCCUUCAGAUGUGACCUCUGACCAGUCACAGCCUCCUCUCUCCCAGCCCAUAAUAGUCUUGUUUCCAUGGAGAUGAGUCCCCACUCUCGUCUCUUUUCAAGUGAACGACUUAUGCUGCCGUUCAUAAUUGACCUCAUCAGUGACCUUUUUCAUUUUCCCACUCUUAAAUCAGAGACAUGAAGUCGAACCCGACACCCUCACACUCCUGCUUUAUUCACGAGGCCCUUUAAAUAUUUGAUACAUACUUUUAUGAUUCCAAUAUCAAAUCAAUAUGAUCAAUAAAUUACAAGAAAACACCUGAAUACAGUCCAGUAAGUGACAAAAAUGUCCUCUUGUAGUUUAUCAGUUUCCAAAAAAAACAUCCAAACAAGAUCAAUAAAUAUAUUUGUUUAAUUUAAAGACAUUUAGAUUUUUUUGGUUUUCAGUAGUAAAUAAAAUCAACAUUUCAGUGAAUUUUCUGUCUUUAAUUUGUAGUUUCAGGAUUUAAAGGGUUAAAUUCUCUGGACUGAGUUUGUAAUUCAGACUUUUUUAGACCCUGAGGAUCAAUUUGAAGGAAAGUGAAACAAACUUAGAGUCGCUGUCGUCGUUUUCUUUCAACUCUCUGGGUCCGGGUCGCGGGGAGUCCAGUCCCUAACACCGGCCACUUCCACCAGCUCCUCCGGGGGGAUUCCCAGGGGCUCCCAGGCCGGUCGUAGACCUUCUCCAAGUCCACAUGUGGACUGGUUGGGCAAACUCCCAACUCCCCUCAAGAACCCGAGCGAGAGUGAAGAGCUGAUCCGUAGUCCUACGACCGGGACAAAAACCACAUUGUUCCCAAACUGAGAGGAGACCAGGGACAAAGACCGGGGAGAGGACUCUUCUACUACAGAGCCAGUCUGGAUCCUGGUUCUAUCUGGACCGAUGACUAAAUGACCCAGAUCCUUUUUUAACGUAGGACUCUUUCUGCAGAGCGGGAGCAGAAACAGAGAAGAACAAACUCGUCAUAUUUUCACAUAAAAACUUCAAUCAUCUUAUAGACUUCUUAGAGUUUGAUGAAUCUCGCCGGCGUGUUCCUCUGUUUCCAUGGUAACGCCUCUCUUCCUUACUCAGGUGGUAUCAGAUUCUCUCGUCAGGUGUCUGAGGUCACGCCUGCAUCUCCUGCUCCAGCUGAAAAUACUCGUCCCUCCUCACGUCACUUUAGAGUGAAGCGGUCUCAGCGGGUACGUGUCGGAGUAUCUCUGUAACACGAGAAACACGAACGCUGUCGAGAUGAAGCGACGCCCGACAGCAGAAGGUCAAAGGUCAGACAGACCAAAAAAAACAACAUCUGUGGGACUUUAAAUCGACUGAAUUAUCGAAGGAACUGAGACGACUUUACGUCUUCCAGUAAAACCAGGAAAGUCCUGAUAAUCUGGUGAUCUAAAGAUUAUCAUCUACGAUUAUCUGGGAUGUGACAACAACGACAGCGCUGUACUCCAGGUCACUCCAAUAUUUCCCUUAAACCUCUCAAGUUGAACUGGACUUCCUGAAUCAUAUUUAUAUUUAUUUUUUAUUUAUUUUUUAUUUAUAUUUAAAUUUUAUUUAUUUUUUAUUAAUUUAUAUUUAUUUUCAUAUUUUAUUUAUAUUUAUGUUAAGUUUAUAUAAUUUAUGUUUUAUUUAUAUUAUCUCAUAUAUUUUCUUUAUAUUUAUAUUUAAAUUUGAUUCAUAUUUAAUUUUGUUUCUCUAAGUUUUAAUUUUAUUUAUUUUUUUAAUUUAUAUUUAAUUUGUAUUUAUUUUCAUAUUUUAUUUAUAUUUAUGUUUAGUUUAUAUCAUUUAUGUUUUAUUAAUAUUUAAAUAAAUUUGAUUAAUAUUUAAUUUUUUUUCUUUAAGUUUUAAUUUUAUUUAUUUUUUAUUUUCUGAAAACUGCAAACGUGAAUCUGUGAACUUUGGGUUUGAAUCAUUCAGCUGCAGAGUCAGAACCAAGCGGAUCAGAGGUUCUGACUGUGACAGCUGAUCGGACCUUGGUUCUGGUUCAGACUCCCUGGACUCUUACAGAUACAGAAACGACGAGGAUCUCUGAGGUGGUUCUGGGUGGAGGCAUGUUUGGAGAGACUUGCUCCUCAUGAUGCCGCCACACCUCCACCCUGGACGGAUGUGAACACAGGGUUCUGGUCCGGUUCUGAUCUCUGUCCGUCACAGACUGACGGUUUUUGUCUGUGUUUGUUUUGGUCCUCAGGUGUGACAGGGUUGGUCCACCUGGACGAGAACGGAGACAGAGAGACGGACUUUGCUCUGUGGGACAUGAUCGACACCAACACCAGCGCCUUCCAGGUAAUAAAGGUCCGAGCUGGACCUCUGACCGCUCACGCUCCGAGUUUUCAGAGCUGAAGAAGCCGCCAUGAUAACGAGGUUUUCUUCAGUUUAAAUCCGUGUUUUUAACGAGAGUUCAGCAGGUUCAGGGUUUCAUCACCUCCUCGUCCGUCUCCUCUGAACGCCGAGUUAAAGGUGAGAUUUCUCUGGAAACAUGUGAGGACCUUUAAGAGUCUUCAGCGAACAAUCGAGAAGCUGGAGAGGUCAAAUCGUGUUUAACCGUCACCCAGGAGUGUCCGAGGAUUUCUUUGACCUCUAAUUGGUUUCUGUGGUCCUCCUCUCCUCUGGUUCUGUUUGAUCGCGGCUCUUCUCGCCCUCCUUCGCUGUAAUAGUUUCUGACAGUCUGAGUCUCGGUGCGAAGGUUAGAUCUGUGUCAGAGUUAAUCCUCAGAGAGUUUGAGAAGGAUCCAGAGACAAAGUCUGACGGUCUGAAGUGCAGAGGAGGUUAAAAUCGUUCCAUUAAGGUGUCCCAUUACUGUCGGAGUGAAAAUGACCCUCUUCCUCUGAGUUUAAUAUCUUCAAACAUCGAGGAGAUAAAAAAACGAUGAAACUAUAAAAGAUUCUCGGAGUAAUUACAGCAGAACUUCAGCUUUUACUCUGAACUCAUUUGUCUUUAACUCUUUCUUCCGGACGAGCGUCUGCAGAUUGGUGCGAUUAUUAAACCUUUUUUGUCUCCUUUCAGAUCGUUCUGGUGUACAACAGCUCAGAGGAACAGCUGACGGCCAUCCCGGAAACAUCUCCACACUGGCUGGGAGGAGUUUGUCCUCCUGACAUUCCCGUCUGCGGCUUCAAAAACGACAACCCCGUCUGCCUCGCAAGUCAGUGGACAGAAACAGAGACGCUCUGAGUUAUUUUACAGGGUCCUUUAAAUCACUGAGAUGAACGGUGUCAGAGUGCAGAGUGGACUCAAGUGUCCAAACAGGUUCUGUUUGUCUCUUCAGUUUGAGGAACCUAAACCUGUUCUUAUUGGUUGGUGAAUAUUUGUCCGUCACUGUGACUGCCGCCUAAACGCA